AUGCAAGAAUAUCAUAGGGGAAAGGUAUUUGAGACUCUUCCUCAACAAUUAUUUAAAGAGUACGAUAUUCCUGUGGAUUUCAUAAUAACGCCAACCCGCGUUAUAACCGUGGAAAAUAAAUUGUCCAGGCCACCUGGAAUAUUUUGGAACGAAUUGACCGGUGCCCAGAUUAGAAGCAGAAAAAUUUUGCAGACUUUAAAAACAAAAUGUGAAGGCGAAAGAAGGGACACAACAUUGUGUGUUCCAAAUGAUAAAAUUAUUAGAGUCCAUAGACCUUUUUAUUGGCCUUAUAACAGAAAGCGCUUGAGUAAUCGUAGUGCAUCUCUUGCUGGUAUUAAACAAAAUCAACAAAAUAGUCAGCAACGCCGAAGACGUGUUAAAUUUCAAGAAGAAAAAAAAACAAAUGACGGAAUUAAUGAAGACACUGAAAAGGCUGAGAAUAUUGCACAAAAGAAACAUAAAAAGAAGAAGAGGAAGCAAAUUGAUUAUUCUUUGAGAGUUAGUAACAUCAACAAAAGUUUAAGUUAUAAUUCAAACUCAUGCGAAAAUUAG